AUGGAUAUAGUCACUAUUAAGUAUUCAGAGAUUGAGCGCUGCAAUGAUAUUAAAACUAAGGAACCAUUUACAUUUAUUAUAAAUGGCAAAAGAAUAGAAUUAUCAAAGUAUAUUUCAAUAAUGAUUUCAGAUUUAGUACAUGAUGAAUAUUUACGCGACAGCUCAGUCAAAUCAGUCAAUAAAUGUUUAAAUCUAUCAUGCAACAAUACCAUAGACGUAAUAUCUGAGUUUUUCAAAACCGGAAUUCUCAGAUACGAGAACAAACAAGAACUUUAUAGAGAUAUAAUCGAAGUAGCCAAAACUUUUCGUAUUAGAUUCUUGACUGAUAAGUUUUGUGAGUUUGUUAUGUCGACUUACAAGGAAAUUAAUGAGGAAAACUUUAUUGACAUAUAUGAUUGUUCUGCAAUACAAAAUAACGAAAAUAAGAUGAAUGAGUGUAUUUCAUUCUUCGCAUCACGAAUGUUUGAUCUCAAAGAAGAAUAUAAAAUCAAAACUAUAAAAAGAUGUGGAUACGACUUUUUUGAGAGAGUUUUGACUUCAAAAUCUCUCAAAAUUGCUAAUGAAGAUUCAUUAGUUAACACAAUUAUGUCAUUGAGCGAAUAUGAUAAUUCAUUCUUUUCUCUUCUUAUGCACGUGAGAGUAGAAUAUUGCAAUAAUGAUGCUAUCAAAUCAAUCAAGAAUUUUUCAGUAAAACAUAAUUUAGAGUCUAUCUCAAACGAGGUAUUCGAACGCGCCCUUUUAAAUCGUUCACAAAUUCAUCAUAAACUCCAGCAUUCUGGUGCCAGCUAUUUUGCUUUGGAUGCUUAUCCUAGUAAAUUAAAAUAUUCGAAUAUCGAAGAACUUCAUCAUAUUGAUAAAUCCCAUGAAAACAUGAGAAAAUUACGAAGCUUGAGAAAGUCAAAAGACGAUUUCAAACAAAUUUAUGAAGCUCUUAAAAAUGCUUCAGAUGAAGGAGAUCUUUCAACUAUCAAAUUUGCGGUUGAUGAAAAAUACACUGAUGUUCGUGAUGCAGAAAACAAAAAUAUGAUACUUGAAGCAGCAUGGAAUAAUAAUUUAACUCUUUUAAAACAUUUGUUGAUCUGUGGUGCUGAUAUUAAAAGUAGAUCUCAUAGUAAUAGAACAGUUCUUCAUUAUUUUUGCCAAAUGGGAAAUCUAGAAGGUAUUAAAUAUGUCCUCAACUAUAUAGAUAUCAACGUUAAAAAUGAUAAAAAUUACACACCUCUAAAUGAUGCGAUUGAAAACUCAAUAGGAAACUGUGAAGAAAUCUGUGAAUAUCUUAGUUCACAACCAAAUAUAGAUAAAAGUAGUAAAAAUAGUGAUAAUGAAACUCCUCUUCAAUGUGCAGUUCGUCUUGGAAAACAAAAAAUUGCUGAAAUUCUUCAGAGAAAUGGAUUUACUGAAUAG